AUGAAUUAUUUAGUUUUACCAUUAAUAAAUGUGCCUUUCAGACCCCAAAAUCCAAAACAUCAACCUAUAUUAUUAGAUGGUUUGAAGAGAUUAUCCUAAUUUGAUCAAUUAGAGCAUUGUAAAACUGAGAUUACAUUUAGAUAUUUGCUUGAAUGGCUUAGAGAAGGAUUUUGCUAAAAUUUAAAUAAUUUGAUAUGA